CCGGGCUGGGGGCAGCGCCAGGAUAAGGCAGCCGCGGCGGAGGCGGAGGAGGCUCGGGCUCCAGAGGCGUCGGCGGCUGCGGCCACCUCCCGCCCCCGAGAAGCAGACCCGUUCCACCUGGCCCCGGUGGCGGCCCAGCCUGGGCCUGGAGUGCUGAGGGCCGCACUCCCCAUCCCUGCCAUCAUCAUGUUCCAGGAUGCUGGAGCAGCCCAGGACACCAGCUCUCAUGAAGCCAAGGGCAGCCCUAGCGGCAGUACGGUGCAGCGCUCCAAGUCAUUCAGCCUUCGGGCACAGGUGAAGGAGACUUGUGCAGCAUGUCAAAAAACCGUCUACCCCAUGGAGCGUCUGGUGGCCGACAAGGUCAUCUUCCAUAAUUCAUGCUUCUGCUGCAAGCACUGUCACACCAAGCUCAGUCUGGGCAGCUAUGCAGCACUUCAUGGAGAAUUUUACUGCAAACCCCACUUCCAGCAGUUGUUUAAGAGUAAAGGCAACUAUGAUGAGGGCUUUGGACGAAAGCAGCACAAGGAGCUCUGGGCCCACAAGGAGGUGGCCAAUGGUACCAAAACCGCCUGAGGCCCUACAGAUGCUCUCUUCUUACCCGUGAUCCCAGGGGCCUUUGGGGUGGGGAGGAGCUUGGGAAAGAUUGAAUUGGGGGGAGGGGGGAAGGACACACUUGGGGCUGCUCAGCCUGGCCCAGCGAUGACAGGGGCUAACUUGCUGUCUUUUGCCUGCUGAGGGAGGUGGGGCUUCAGUGCUAGCCCUCUUUGUCCCAGGGGGCACUUCACUCCCCCUGGGACCCUCCAGUUUGAUUUCAUACCCCCUUCCCUCAGCAGGCCUCAGAGAUGCAGGCCCCAGGGAAGGAUUUCCCCCUAUCUUGGUGCCUUCUCUCCAGCUGGGAGUCAGCCUGCCCCACCACCUCUUCCAGGGUCCUGGGCUCCCCACUGCCAAUGAGGGCCCUGUGCCCCCUCUCCCCUCCCAUCUACCUCUGUCCACACCCUGGUUCUGAGUUACAUCUAAGACAUCUGGGAGAAAGGAGAGGCUAGGGUGCCACCUGUUGGCUAGUAAAGCACAGUGAUGAUGCCUGGGUGGGGUGGGGUGGGGUGGGGGGAAGGCUGAGGCCUCUAAAGGUACAGACCCUUGCAGUAAACCCAGGGAGAGCUUGGAAACAUACUUACCCCCUGGAAUCAGGGAAGAGGAACUAAAACAACCACUGCCAGGUUGUGAACUAUAAAGACUGGUUGUGGGACCAAAGUAGCCAGUCCCCCUUUGCCCCCUCUGCCCUACCCCCAUUGAACCCAUCUUGACUGUUGUGAUCCUAUUUUAAACAUGUACUCAAGAGUUUA